AGAAAACUGGAAGCCUGUGACCUGGUGAUUUAGUAUUUCCUGUCUGUGGUAUAUACUUGUAGCAUAUCCAAACAGAGUACUAAUAAAGCUGCGAGUGAUGAGCACACAGAUUACAAUUCACGUUAUUUUUUGCUUUGUCGUGUAAAUAAUUCUCUGACUUACUACAUGGAUCUUCCAUAUUAUCACGGAGGCAUAAGUAAGCAAACUGGGGAAAACCUUCUGCUGCAUAAAGGAAAUAAUGGAAGUUACCUGCUGAGGGACAGUGAAUCGGUCUCUGGAGCCCUAUGUCUCUGCAUCUUAUUUGGAAGAAUAAUCUACACAUACAGAAUAUUUCAAAACAGUCAAGGUCAUUACAUGAUUGAGGCAGCUAAAGGUGUAGAAGAAAAAUACUUCCCCAACCUUAAGGACCUCAUCGCCUAUUAUGAAAACUCUAACAAAGGGUUGAUGCAUUCCCUGAGCUGCCCGGUAAACAAGAAUGAAGCAGAGAAAACUCAAAUCCAGGUUAAAGGAUCAAUCAAGCGCAUACUUUUAUUAGGAGACACAUAUGCAGAGGUUGAUGAAAGAGACUAUGUGGAAGUCCUGCCUUCUUGAACUAGCGGAACUGUGGUAAAGAGAAUAUUGGAAAAAAAUAUAACAGAACAGUCUCAGUAUAGUGGACUUAUUUUAAUCACCUUCCAAAAAAUAGGCAGGACAUUUGACAAGAUACUUCCAAUACAACUAAUAACUAUUUGCACACUGGUGGGGGCUAUGGACAACAGAGUUGCAAAUUGCUCUGGCUUAAAAGAGAAGUAUGUUUUUUUUGCAGUUUCAUACUUACCUAGAUGGAUGCAGCAUCAGUCUGAUGCUGCAUCUGUCCCCGGCCGCCUCUGCACUGAGAACCGAGCGAUCGAACAUCACCGAUGACUUGGUUCUCACGGCUCCCCGAGCAUAGAGCUGCUUCCUGUCAAUCAGCUCUCUGAGCGCUGAGCUGUGGAGGGGCGGGGAGGGGCCAUCUCAGGCUCUCAGUGGCCCGCUGAGAGGCUGAGGUGGGUAUUAGUCCAGGCACUUGGCGGAUCCAGACUUUAUUGUUGCAAUGACACAGUGCCUGGACUGAUAUCCGUGAUGU